AGUUGAUUGGCGGCACACAGGCUGACAUUAGCUUUCCACUAAGCUCACACGCAGUGAGACACCAUGAGACCUGGGCCCACCCUACUGCUGGCUCUGCUCGCCGUAGCCUUGGCCGAAGAUGAGUCCUGUAUGGGCAGAUGUGAGAAUGGCUUUGACUCUCAGAAGGAGUGCCAGUGUGACUCUAUGUGUAAAUACUACAAGAGCUGCUGCUAUGACUAUGAGAUCAUCUGUGACAUGAAGACACGUGGUGACACUUUUGGCCUAGCAGAAGAUGACGAUGAUCUGUUCAGCAACACUCCCUCACCAACUGGGAGUCCUGUGGGUGCAGAGUCCAAUCCUGUCAGCCGUAUACACCCCAUUCCCCCACGUCGCCCCUCCUCAAACCCCGCAACCCAGGUGAUGCCCACCUCACAGAGAGUCCCCACCACGCCGAAGGCCCCCGUUACACACCCCAAUCCCAUCACACAGGCAGCCCCUUUACCAACAACUGCUCCGACUGCAAAAGCCACCACUGAGAGUGUGAUCCCUACCACAUCAGCCCCCGACCCGGAUGGCGAAAUCUGCAGCGGCAGACCUUUUAACUCCUUCAUGCAGCUGAAAAAUGGCUCCAUCUACGCCUUCAGAGGGGAGUAUGUCUUUGAGCUGGGUCAGAAGUCAGUGAUGCCUGGUUAUCCAAAGUUGAUAAAGGACGUGUGGGGCAUCAGCGGACCUAUUGACGCCGCAUUUACUCGUGUCAACUGUCAGGGCAAGACCUACAUCUUUAAGGGGAACAAGUACUGGAGGUUUGAUGAUGGUGUGCUCGAUGACGACUAUCCGAGAGAUAUCAACGUGGGUUUUGACAAGAUUCCUGAUCAUGUGAGCGCAGCAUUUGCUCUCCCUGCCCCUAGCCACCAUGGCAAGGAGAAGGUCUACUUCUUCAAAGGGGAUCAGUAUUAUGUGUACGAGUUCUUGCACCAGCCUUCCCAUAAGGAAUGCAUCACCAUGUCCGAGAGAUCUCCUUCCACGCUUUUCAGGCGCUACACUAACAUGUACAACAUCAACUAUGAGCAGUUUUUCCACAACCUCUUCUCUGACAUGCCCAACCACCACAGUGGUCACCACUUUAUCAACAGGGACUGGAAAGGCAUCAGGUCACCAGUGGAUGCUGUUCUGGCUGGCAGAAUCUACGUCUCUGCCUUAACCCCUAUGCAACCCCUUAACUACCGGCCUGAUCAGCAACGGGGUCAACAACAAGGCCAACAGUGGGACCAGCAGUAUCAGCAAUAUGGACAGCAAUGGGACCAACAAUAUGGGCAGCAGUGGGACCAACAAUAUGGGCAGCAGUGGGACCAACAAUAUGGGCAGCAGAGGGGCCGCCGCAGGCAAAACCGUUCACCUUCCUGGGAGUCCAUUGCUGAACGGGGCAUGAGCAUGGGCCGGAGCUUCGCUGAGAGAGGGAUGGACAUGGGGCUGAGGCUGGCAGAGAAGAGGAUGGAAAUGGAGGAGGGGCUUGGCCGAGGCUGGGACAGGCAAGACUGGGAUCAGGACAGACGGAGAAAUGGUUACCGUCGAUACAAUGAUGACAAUUACGACUCCAGGAACAAUCAGCGCAGAGAUGACAGGACGUACUGGGAGUUCAUACACAGAAGCCAGCCCCUGCAGAGCAUCUACUUCUUCAAAGGAGAUAAGUACUAUAGAGUGGACCUGAGGACAAAGAGUGUUGACCCUGCCAUCCCCUCGUACCCCCGAUCCAUCGCCAAGUACUGGCUUGGCUGUUCAGACACUACUGGGGCAGAGAAGAAGUAGUUUCAUCACUCAAUUUUUAUGUAAUGUGUCAUAAUUAAUAAGGAAUAUGUUCUCAUGAUUAUGGACAAUGUGAAAUAGAGAUAACUGAUUGUUGAAUUAAGUGUGCAUUUCGUGGUUUGAUUCAUGAACGCUGGUGGUGUCUUUUGUUGAGCAGUUUAUUUUUUUCCCUUUCUGGCUUUGUAAAUCUGAAAUUCUGUGUAAAAUUUGAAUCUUUUUUUUAUAUAUUCCGAGAUGUAGUAGUACCACGAGAACAAAUGUCAUUUUCCUAACAGUGACAAACAGCGAACUUUUUAUCAAACUGAGCCCACCUGAGAUCAAUAGAGAUCCGUCAAUGGCUGUACACCAUAGUUGUGGGCCUUGGUAUGGUCAAAGUCCAGUUGGUUAAUAGCAUAUGUUAUGGACUUUGUCACGCUUAUCAGGGUGGCCAAGUGGUCUGAGAGACUGUGCCUCAAACUGACCCGGGAUCAAGACUAUAUAGAUAAAUUAACUGUCCUACUUUUUGCAAGACACUGAGAUAAGCAAAAAAGAAAAGUCAACAUCACAACCCUAUUGUUAAAAUGCACCAAAGCACACGGCUGCAUGAUAGGGUCGUACUGCCACUGCAGAUAUCCACGACCCAUAAAUAUAAAAUGGAGUUACAUUAAAAAAAAAAGAACGAACAAAGAACAAAUCUAAGUAAUAAUCCAGUGCCAUAAUUGCUUCUUCUUUUCUUUUUUUAAAGGAAAGGCUGUGAAUAUUGUCUAGUGAUACAAAAUUAAAAAAAAUCAGUCUGUGGUGUGUCUACCUGGAAAAUAAAAAAUGACGUAAUUGCUUAAUUGGUUGAUUAUAUAAUUCUGAAAUGGAGAGGCAGUGAAUGUUUUCUUUUAUACUGAAUAAAAUAAU